AAGGAUUCUCUGUUAAUGAAUCCAUAAAUAUCACUGUUGUAUCACCUGAAGACGAUUCUACCACUUCCAUGACGGAAAUGACAAAAAGUAGUUCACAAGAAUCUAGCCAGAUGACCUUUUCACCCGGAGUAGUAAACAAGCAAAGCACAGUUUCAACAAAAGUAAAUACUCCAGGUAAUUCUAUCAACUCUCCAGCUAGUGAAUCUCCUAACGGCUGGCACAUUACCAUCAUCGUUCUCGUCACCUGCCUCGUUAUCGCUGUCUUUGGCCUUGUCGUUGCCUGCACAACCUGGAGGUGCGCCUACGUCCACCUGGAGAGGCGGAACUCGGAAAGACUGGCGUGUUUAGCAGGGGUAGAUAUGGCAGACAGUCAAUGGAGACUGACAAUGGAUCCUGUCUAUGAUGUCAUACCAACAAACUCCCGUUGGUGGCGAAAAGCAAACAGAGAUCACUUGACAUCAACGCCGACAACUCCAUGACAGUCUGUUCAACACAGUCCAAAGUCUGUCUCACCUCAACAUCCCAGCAAUCCACUGACUUCUGAAGUUGGAACAUAUUUUGUUCAAAAUCUUCCAUCGUCACCUUAUAUACAUAUAUCAAACUUUUUCUUAGCCAUCUGAGCCAUAGUUCGUUUCUUCAUCAAAAAGUAGCAUUGAGUGUUGAACAGCGUCUUAAAGAAUCCAUUACUGCAAACCUCUAUCUAAAAAAAAUGAAGAAGAUUUAUAAAAUAAAAAAGAAAAUGUAAAAUUGAGACGAAAAAAAGGAAGGAACUUUUCCUGAAAACAAUUCACGAAGAUAUAAAAAUGUAUGUAUUGUACAGCAAAUGAAUUUCUUGAAAUAAAUAAACAUUAUUUUUAUUUACUAUAAUAAUACGGGAAAAUGUCCAAUCUAUUUGUAUGGUAAGAAAGUCUGACUGUAUUUUCGAGUAGAAGAAUAAAUGAUAUCCGCCAUCCAACACCCGAUAUUCCGGCUUCCAUAUUGAAAUAUAAUC